CAGAGGCACCUGGAGUCCUUGCUGCUUCACAGCCAUCUCUAUCUCUCUAUCUCUGCAUCUGCAGCCCAACUAGAGAGCCAGCCGGAGGUGUUGUUGGUGCUUCUACGGGGAUCUGCUUUGGCUCAGUGAGAGGAGGCUGUGACCCACCUGCGCUCACACACACACAUACACACACAUACACACACAGACAGACACACACAUUCAAGGUUGCCCGGCCCAUCCCCCUCACACACACCUUUGGAGUGCGCUACACCGUGCUGGUUCUACUCUACAGUCAUGUCGUGGGACUGUGGCCUGAGGUACAUGUUCUCUGUGUCUCCGGUGCUGCAGCCGCGGGGUGUGUGUGACCUGCACGACAAGGAGGACCUGUCCCGUCUGGAGAUGGUCCAGAGACUGGCCAAGGACGGAUGCCGCUUCCUCCAGAACCACAACAACAGCAGCAGCAAGGCCCUCCCGGAGAGGACAGCAGAGGCCCACAGUGACGAGGCAGUCCGUGUGUGUCUGCGGGAGCGGGGCCAGGAGGUGCUGGUGCUCCAGAGAGUGUCGUCACAGCGGCCAGACCCCUCCGCAUCGGCCAGGGGAGGGGGGAGACCGGAGGAGGGGGACAGGAGGUACUUGGUGGUGUCAGGGACCCCAGAGAAGAUCUUAGAACACCUGCUGUCUGUCCUGAGGCUGGACCACCACCAUGAUGACCAGGGGAGCACACAACAGACCAAGGAGUCAGAGCCUCUCCUGGAUGACUUCCUGCUGACAUACCUGGUGUUCAUGUCAACCAGUGAUCUGUGUCAGGCUCUUUUGGGACACUAUUGUUCAAAGAGACACCACCGGGGGAAAGAGGAAGGGAAGGAGGUUCUGGACAGGAAACGUAAGGUCCUGCACCUGGUGACACAGUGGACAACACUCUACAGGGACUUCCUACAAGAAGACGAGCAUGUGAAACUCUUCAUGAAGACAUUGUAUCGUUUCCUUCUGGAUGACCUGUAUGACUAUCCAACUCUGGAGAAGGAGCAGAAGGAUCUACAGAAACUCCUGCGGCUGCAUCGCAGACAUACAGUGGAUGACUAUUCACCCCACAGAAAGAGCAAACUUCUUUCCCACCAACUGAGCCUGAAAGAGAACGGGCGCCACACCAGAGGAACACAAAGAGAGACCAGGGAAGUGUUGUGUCAUGUGUACGUGACCAUGGACUCAUAUCUGAGUGUGAGGAGCCUGGCCAGUGUUGUGGCCCAGGGGCUGCUGCAGGAGGUGGCUGAGAGACUGGAUGUCCCCCUGGAGGAGCUGGUCCUGCUGGCUGUCACCUACCCUGGAGAGAAACUCCUCCUGAAGCCUCAGGACAGGCUCUACUCUGAUUCGCUGACAGCGGUGGGGAGGCUGCACGUGCGCAGAAAGGACCUGAGUGAAGUCAUGAACCCGUUCACAGACAACACAGAGCUACAACAGAGGUCAGCUCGCAUGCUGAGUACGAACACAUGGGACGUGGCUGUCACCCUUACAAACUUUGACUGGAGCAUCUUCAACUCAAUACAUGAGCAAGAGCUUGUGUACUUCACGUUCAGCCGUCAUGCCAGUGGUGGCCACACGGUGGCGCUGGAGCUUCUGCUGCAACGCUGCAACGAGGUACAGCUGUGGGUGAUGACAGAAGUCCUGAUGUGUCCUACGCUCUGCAAGAGAGUCCAGCUCAUCAAGAAGUUCAUCAAGAUCGCUGCCCACUGUAAAGCCCAGAGGAACCUCAACUCUUUCUUUGCCAUCGUUAUGGGUCUGAACACCGCAGCAGUUAGCCGCCUCAGUCAGACCUGGGAGAAAGUUCCAGGAAAAUUCAAAAAACAGUUUUCGGAGCUGGAGAUGUUGACAGACCCCUCUCUCAACCACAAAGCCUACAGGGACGCUUUCAAGAAGAUGAAGACGCCCAAGAUCCCUUUCCUUCUUCUGUUACUGAAAGACAUCACGUUCAUUCACGAGGGCAACAAAACGUUUCUCGAUAACCUGGUCAAUUUUGAAAAGCUGCACAUGAUAGCCGACACUGUGCGUCUCAUCAGACACUGUCAGGAGGAUCACAUGGGGAACGGGAUGCCCCAGAAGAUCAGUCCGGAGCUGCGGGCCUAUGUCGACUACCUUCACGUCAUUGACAAUCAGCAGACUCUGUUUGAACUUUCCCACAGACUGGAGCCCCGUGUGUAGAUAGACCACACAUACACUCUCUGAGGCUGCCUCCCUCCCUCCCUCCACCCCUCAAAGUCAGACAACCAAGGAGCAGGGUACCAACCAGUCUCUGGAAACAUCCCUCAGCACUCGGUUAUCAACCUAGAGAAACAUGGGUUAGCCAACUCUAUUAGAGUGCUACAAAGUGUGGAGGCUUUUGUUCCAGCCCAGCUCUAACAGACACACACACACACAGACACACACAGGGUUCUACUAAUCAGCUGCACACACAGCAGGACUUUGAUGAGUUUAAUUAAGUGGGUUAAUGCAGGGCUGGAACAAAAGCCUGCAUGCCCUGAAGCUCCCCGGGAGUAGGGUUGGCCAGAGCCGACAGAGAGAUGACCGUGUGACGCUGGCCAACCACAAGAUGGCGCCAAAAGGCAUACUGGAAUACUGAGCAACGAUGGAGCAGAGAUAACCAAAGAGCUUCUCAGUUGAACAAAUAGAUCUGGAUCCGUAUUGAUCAAAGGAUCCCAGAAUAGGAGUGCUGAUCUAGGAUCAGUUUAGCCUUUUAGAUCAUAAUGAAUGGACAGGGGGGACCUAGAUCAGCACUCCUAUUCAGUAUGUCGUGGUGGAUAAAUAGCUGGAUAAACUCGGAUCGCUGGUUGCAGUGAAAAAAGUAAGGCUUCCUAUUCUUUCAGUGCAUUUUUCUGCAAAAGGUGGGUACAUUGUUGGGGCCCUUCCUCCACUACACCAAUGCUCCUACUCUGAGACGCUUUAUGAAUGUGGACCCUGCUUCAGUAAUUGUGUAUUGAUAGCUUCAGGUUGUUGUUAUCUGCUUCCAAACAGGUGACCACACCUUGAUUAUCUAUCUACACAAAACCAAUUAAAGCAUCAACCUUCUGGGGACUUUCAAAAUAGGACACUUUCAAACCAGGACACUUUUAAACCAGGACACUUUCAAACCAGGACACUUUCAAACCACGACACUUACCCCGGGCGGCAGGUAGCUUAGUGGUUAAGAGCGUUGUGCCAGUAACCGAAAGGUCGCUGGUUCUUAUCCCCGAGCAA